CAUCCAACCAAAAUGUGUUUAGGGCCCUCAUGGCUAGAGCCCGCCCUGCACACAAGGCUAUAGAGACAGUAAUGAUUCGUUAGAUCACUCUAAAAUCAAACAAACACAGCACAUAACAGAUUUCACAGCUCAAACAUGAGUUCCCUGGAUAAUCAGAUGGGUGCUAACAUCAAUGACCUGAGACUGGUGUUGGUCGGCCUGAGUGGAGUGGGGAAGAGUGCAGCUGGGAACACCAUUCUGGGCCAAAAGGUGUUUGAUUCCAGAAUCAGUUUCAAAACAGUAACACUGAAGAGUGAGAGACAAGAAGGAGAGGUGUGUGGGAAGAGAGUGAUAGUAGUGGACACUCCAGGUCUGUCCAACAGUGACCUCUCUGAGGAGGAAGUGAGAGGGGAGAUGAACAGGGCCGUGACUCUGUGUGAACCAGGUCCCCAUGCCUUCCUCCUGGUCAUUCAGCUGGGUCGCUUCACAGAACAAGAGAAGAGCGUAAUGGAGACACUCACAGAGCUUUUAUCUGCCAACAUAGAAGGAGACACGAUGGUGCUCUUCACUUAUGGGGAGAGACUGGAAGACACAACUAUAGAUCAGUUCAUCCGCGAGGAUAGCAAUCUGAAGAAGCUGGUUAAGAAAUGCAGGGGUGGAUACCACGUGUUCAAAAACAAUGACACCAGCAACAACAAUCAGGUUAGAGAGCUUUUAGAAAAAAUAGAAACCAGACUACAGAAAAAGCAGAAAAGCUGGUCAUGGUACUGGAAAGGGGCAGCUGGUUGCUUUAUUGUCAUUGCAGCAGUGAUGAUAGUAAAAGUGUUGUUAAAAAGGUUACGAACACGUCCCCCACACAUCCCUCCUGUCUCUGCCACCUGUCCUGUCCCUGACAUGGUCUCUCCUGUCCCUGACAUGAUCCCUCCUGUCCCUGACAUGGUCUCUUCUAUCCCUGACAUGGUCUCUCCUGUCCCUGACAUGAUCCCUCCUGUCCCUGACAUGAUCCCUCCUGUCCCUGACAUGAUCCCUCCUGUCCCUGACAUGGUCUCUUCUGUCCCUGACAUGGUCUCUUCUGUCCCUGACAUGGUCUCUUCUGUCCCUGACAUAGACUCUUCUGUCCCUGACAUGGUCUCUUCUGUCCCUGACAUGGUCUCUUCUGUCCCUGACAUGGUCUCUCCUGUCCCUGACAUGAUCCCUCCUGUCCCUGCCACCUGUCCUGUCCCUGACAUGGUCCCUCCUGUCCCUGACAUGGUCCCUUCUGUCCCUGACAUGGUCUCUUCUGUCGCUGACAUCGUCCCUCCUGUCCCUGACAUGAUCCCUUCUGUCCCUGACAUGAUCCCUUCUGUCCCUGACACCUGUCCUGUCCCUGACAUGGUCCCUCAUGUCCCUGACAUGGUCCCUUCUGUCCCUGACAUGAUCCCUUCUGUCCCUGACACCUGUCCUGUCCCUGACAUGGUCCCUCAUGUCCCUGACAUAGUCUCUUCUGUUCCUGACAUGGACCCUCCUGUCCCUGCCACUGUCCCCCCUGUUCGUCAGUCAAUUUGGGAAAUGGUGAAGUCAAACAACAACAUUAUUUUCACAGCGGGAGUAGGACUGACUCUAUUGGUCAUCAUAAGAAAAAUAAUUAGGAAAUAAUGAGAGGUUGGUUGGAUGGGACAUAAUUUCCACAUCCGUGAGUGCCAAAUUAAACGAAUGCUACAAUUAUACACCCGUUAACUCUUUUUGACAUUUUAGAACAUUUCUUAUUGAAUGUUAAGAGAAUGGGUGACAGGUUGUAUUUGAAGAAUCAUAAUAAAAUAUAAACAUGUGAAAACUGA